AGGCUUUGGUUAGCAUUUUAGACUCAUAUUUCUCUGGAGCUGAUGUUUUCCUAACGCUUCAGCUUGGCUUUAGAAGCUGCUUUGCUGGAAUGUUUUAAACGGUUUAAAACCCUCUAGGAUUUGAAGUUUAUAUAAAUAAAUUGAAGGAAUUACUUCUGGCCUCACCAAAGAAAUAACUGGAAUCAUGGAUCAGAACAACAGUUUGCCACCCUACGCUCAAGGCUUAGCCUCUCCUCAGGGCGCAAUGACUCCAGGAAUCCCAAUUUUUAGCCCGAUGAUGCCAUAUGGCACAGGAUUGACACCACAGCCUGUCCAGAGCACCAACAGUCUGUCCAUACUGGAGGAACAGCAGCGGCAGCAGCAGCAGCAGCAACAACAACAAGCAGCACAGCAGUCAACAUCACAGCAAGCGACACAGGGAACAUCGGGUCAGACUCCCCAGCUCUUCCAUUCACAGACUCUUACCACAGCCCCUUUACCAGGAACCACACCUCUGUACACCUCUCCAAUGACUCCCAUGACUCCGAUAACUCCUGCAACACCGGCGUCGGAGAGCUCUGGGAUAGUGCCACAACUACAGAACAUUGUGUCCACAGUGAAUCUUGGUUGCAAACUUGACCUAAAAACUAUCGCACUUCGUGCCCGAAAUGCUGAAUAUAAUCCCAAGCGUUUUGCUGCUGUUAUUAUGAGAAUAAGAGAACCACGUACUACUGCACUGAUAUUCAGCUCUGGAAAAAUGGUGUGCACAGGAGCAAAAAGUGAGGAGCAAUCCAGACUGGCAGCAAGGAAGUAUGCAAGAGUUGUUCAGAAACUGGGUUUUCCUGCAAAAUUUUUGGAUUUUAAAAUUCAGAACAUGGUGGGCAGCUGUGAUGUGAAAUUUCCCAUCAGACUGGAAGGAUUGGUACUCACACACCNNNUCUUCUCUUACAGCUAUGAGCCAGAAUUGUUUCCUGGCUUAAUCUACAGAAUGAUCAAGCCAAGAAUUGUGCUGCUUAUUUUUGUUUCUGGAAAAGUGGUUUUAACUGGUGCUAAAGUACGAGCAGAAAUCUAUGAAGCAUUUGAAAACAUCUAUCCUAUUUUAAAGGGAUUCAGAAAGACAACAUAACAGUUUCUAUAUGUUUCAGAGAAAUCAGGGGUAUAUUUUACAAGGUAUUGUGUAUGGCACAGCAGUAACAAGAGAUGGACUUCCAGUGCAACUGCAACACCAGGACUUGGACUAUUUCCCAGUUAGUGCCUACUUCCCUGAUGCUCAAGGGGAACUGUAUUCUUGAAUAUGUCUACUGAGUUACUGUGAGUUGCUUUACUGGGCUGUUCCUGGAUCAGCCCCUCCAAUUUUUAUUUAUAUUCUAGCUUUUAAAUAGUUUUAAUGCCAGUUCUAUUAAUAGAAGAUCUGUAAGUUGGUUUAAAGACAAAUGCAACUGUGUCACUCAGUGUAUAAACCACUUCAAUUGCCAUGUAUAUAUGUUUUAACUUCCUUCCAUAAGACCAUGGUUUUUAUAAUUUUCAGAACUUUAGCUUUUAAAUUUUUUUCAAUUUUAAAUUUCUUUGGUGCCAGACACAUUCCCUCUUUCCAGUAUUAAGCAAGAUAGAAUAAAUUUAUUAAUGAAAAUGGCUCACUGUACAUAUAUAUAUAAUAUAUACCUUUCUUCUCUUUCCUUCUUCAACUCCACAUGUACAAUAAACCCUGUUUAUAC